AUGCGAUUCCUCAUCCUCCCCGCCGCAAUCGCUGCCGCCAGCUCUCUCGCUGCCGCCGCUCCCAUCACGGAGCGCGCAGCCGGAGACACGACGACGGUAUCGCUCGACACCUGCUCGGGGACACCCGCCCUCUAUGGCGCCGGUAUGCUCUACGGCAUCAGCGGGACGGACACGCCUCCGCAAUCUUGCGCUCACACCUAUCCCUGGCCCCGCACCGCGCCAGACUACGCGGACCUCAAGAUCAACUACCAAUCCUCCGGCGGUGCCCAAUCCGAUGCCUCCCCCGGCGGUUUCGCAACGAGCGCCUCCUCCUAUCGACAACGCUUCGACACCGUCGUUGCGGCCUUCAAGCGCAUCCGCCAGAACAAUGGCGUGCUCAUCAUCAAGCUCGCCGACCUCUGGGGAGCAGACGAGACGGGCGGCGCAAACUUCCCCGUCGGAGCUGCCGAGGGGGCCAACUUCCCCUUCCCGGGCGACGGCGGUGACUGGUCCAAGUUUGACGCCUUCAUGCAGCAGAUCAUCGACGAUGUGCGCGCAAACGGUAUGGCCGUCGAGGGGGCGACGCAACUGGAGCUGUGGAACGAGCCGGACAUCAACUUUGGGGGAAGGCCACAGGAGCAAUUCAACGAGAUGUACGUACGCGGUACCAAGGCGCUGCACGCCGCUUUCCCUCAGGGAGGAGGCAGCUUCCUCCCGCUCGUAGGGCCCAGCACCUCGAGCAACCCGGCGGCCAAGAAUGCCUGGUGGCAGUCCUUCCUCGCCUACCUGCAGGCCAACGGCGGAACGGCUUCGCAGCCGGACGUGUGGAAUUGGCACAUGGAGGAAGGAGGGAACAACGACCCCAUCCCGCCCGCCGAGGCGCUUCCCGGCUUCGUCCAGCAGUAUGGCCUGACUACGGGGCUCGGUCUGCAGAACAACGAGUUCGGCGUGCGCGACCAGCAGAAGCCCGCUUACAGCGCAUGGUUCUACGCGCGAUACGAGCGCCUCAGAUUCAACGGGCUGCGCGGUAACUGGGAGGGGGGCGCCAAGCUCAACGACUACCUUGCCGACCUGCUGAUCAAGAAUGCCGAUGGGUCAUACUCUACCAACGGCGAGUACGUGACUCACCAGACGUACGUCCGCGACUUGGACGGAAGCCCCUGCAAGACCACCUCGGGCAGCUCCGUCGACUCGUUUGCGACGGGCGCAGCGGGCAAGGUCAAGGCUUUGAUCGGCAGCCAAUUCUUCACGGGGACAUUCGACGUCAACUUCGACUCGAUGAACACCUACUUUGGCGGAGCGACCUCGGUCAAGGCAACCAUCUACAACAUCGCCUACAACAAUGGCGGCGUCGUUACGGAGAAGACGCUCUCGUCGACCAAGGACGUGCAGGUGGCCAACGGCCGAGCCGUCUUGUCCAUCGAUGCCGCCAAUGGCAGUGAUGCGUGGUAUGUCGAGUUGUCGGCGUGA